UACCUUUUGAAUCUGCACAUCCUGAACCUCUGUGCAGGAGAUCGCCUGGUGGUUUUCUAGCAUGGAGGAAGAAUAGCAAAAGUGUCAGGAGAAAUCCUCCCUCUCCCAUCAGCAGAAUAGUUUUGAAGGUGGCUGUAACCAUGCCAACCCUGACUUGUAUUUUUCCAUCCAAGCUCUAACUCUGGUGCAAAGCCUCCACAGUGUGCUGAGGAAGGGCUUGUGGAGGCUGGCUGAUGUCCUGAGCUGUAGUCUAUGCUUGAGCUGCCCAGCUGCUAACAAGUUGUUCCAAUAAGCAUGCGCUAACUGGGAGACUGGGCAACCUGGACAUUAUGCUGCUGAUAAACACCUGGAUAGCUAGCCUAACUAGUGAGAAUUGGGCUUUUAUGUAGUUUGGCUGAGCUUCAGUAAAUGGCCAGAUUUCAAGAUACACAUGCUUUUGUUUGAAAUGUGGGGGUUCAGUCCUUGCUCAGUAAAGAUCGAAAACAAGAUAAUUUCAGCAUUAACCACUAGAUGGUCCUCUUUCUCAAAGAAAAAAAGUAGCUCCAAAAUAAAGCCAGUCCUGGCUUUUCUCUGAACCUGAACGUUAGUAGAGAACAGCUUCAGUGUAAGGCUAAACGUAAUUAGAAGUUUCAUGUAGUUGCUUGAACUGACAUGGUUUUCUGAAUAGGUUUGAAUACAACUUGUCCUGAAUCCUUCAAACUCAGAGCAACUGGGCCUCUUAUCAAUCAUCAAAUUCUUCCUAGUUAAUGUCAGUUCAGAAUUUCCAGCUCCAGGCAGCACAAGUGUCAGUCUUAUCCCCUCCUCUGAUUCAAAGGAGAAGCCAGAAUUAUUUCUAUGAAGCUUCUGAGUACUGUAGGUAGCACUGUGGUAGUUCACUUGUGAUCUGGUGGAAAGAAAUAAUGAAAUCCAGUCAACAAGGAUGGAGUAAAAUAGCACUUUGGUAAGAGAAACGCCUGAUGAGGCUCAUUUAAGCAGACUGCCAUGUAAUUUAUUAGUCUUUGUUGCUAAGAACAUUUUAUAGUAGCCUUUUAUAAAGUCAGAAUGGCUGAAAGUGAAAAGGAAAAUACUUGAAUGAAAGUGAAAAUGGAAGUUCUUGAAACUGGCAAGUGGUGUGUCCAGAACAGAUGCAAAGCCCUGAUCUUUCUGGUAGGAGAGGAAGAGCCGUGAAGUCCUUGGCACACAAUUUUGUGGAUGCUGAGAAUUUACAUGGGUUCAAGAAGCAACGGUGAAAGGGAAGUAGUCUGUAAAGGGCUACCUACCACAAAGAAACGUUUGGCUUGGGAAGCCUCUGGACCACAGGGCUCAAGAAUCUGCAAGAAGAGUCCAGUGAGGAAUGUCAAAAUAUGUUUCCCUGUUUUUAGACUUUUCCAUAGAUGUUCUUUGCUGUCUACUGUCAAAACCAAGAUGCUGCAGUAGAUCAACCUUGGGCCAGAAUGAAGCACAGACUUAAAAAUUGUUUCUUUAGGUUGUCAGUCCCACCAGGACUGGAGCACAACCCUGUGUCUGUGAAGAGAGAGCCUGUGGUUCCCAGGCAGCCCAGUAAUGCUUCACGUCUCAGCUUCUCUGCAGGAUGGUGCCCAAGGUGUGAAACACCUGCCAGUUCAGCUGCUGCUCCUCUACAAACCUUCACGCCUUCCCACCACUGCUCUGUCAUGUGGCAUCCAAUCUCCUGGACACCACGUGCCCAGUGGUCACCAAACCGCUUAAAGCUGGUCACUGUCUAUGUGCUGGUGCUCUUGGUAUCGCUCAGCUUUGCUUCAGGACACAGCAGGCCAUUUAAACAUCAGAUAGACAACAGAAGUCCUGAGAUUGAUCCUUUUUGGUAUGUGGGCCGUGGGGUUCGUCCCAUCGGCAGGUUUGGGAAGAGGCAGCUGAGAAGCAGCCAUGGCAGCCUCAGGCCUGUGAGCAGACACCUGGAUUUCAUUUUGAAUGCUUUGUGGAAGCAAAAAAUGUUGGACACAGAAGACAAUGACUGGUGAUCUUUGUUCCCCAAGGUGGUGACCCAGCCUCUGUUCUUUGAGUUGUGCCCUCCCCUGCACCUCAGACCUACAGUUCUGCUUUUGCCCAGCAAUUCCACACUGCUUUUCUUUUUGCUCCUUGUGCAAGUUCAUUCAAAAAGAAACAUGUUCAGGGUGCAGGUAAAAGACAAUGCAUGGGCACAAGCACUGAUUGCCACCACAGCUUAUAAAAAUGUUUCUUCGUCAUGCAUCCCCACCAAUCUCCUGAUGCUGUUCACUGUAAUGCUAGGUUUAUCCCAAACCAACACAGCUUUUGGGCUGGGAUUUAAACUUUGCAGCAUGACAUGUAUCAUGAAACCCUCCUGUCUGAUUUCAAAGUCAAUGGCUGUUGAUUUGUAAAAAUAAAAAGCAAUGGUUGGAAGAAAGAAAAAAGGCUCUCACUGAUUUUUAAUGUACCUUCAUGCAUUAAUGGCAUGAAAUGCUUGUUCUCUGUGUGUAGCUUUUAUAGAGAUUGUUAACAUCCACUCAUAAGAAUGUUGCCCUGAAGUACCCCUUGGCCCUU